AUGGCCCCCUCAGACGAGCAGACCAUCCCCUCCCGUCCCGCUAACCAGACCGAGGCGGCUCACGCCAAGACGGACGCGGCGCAUCCAACUGAUACUCGCGCCGCCCAGCACGCACUGGAGCAUACGAACAGCUGGACGCCCAAGCUUGACCGUCGCCAGAGCUGGAGCAAGGAGGAUCAGAAGAGAGCGCUGCAGAUGACCGGCAUCGCCGACGGGGAGUCUAAGAACACAGCUUGA